GUUAAGCAGUAGGAUUAAAAUGGAGGCUGGUGGGCCUGGAUGGAAUGAUCCACCAAAACUAGCUUAUGCAAACGCACCCAAACGUCGUAACUUACUGAAUAAAAGGGUUUCGCAUCUGACUGAUGAAACGAAAGCUGUGACUUCAGCUGUGCCAUUAUUUACACCAACUAUAAGCGACGUAAACAGCAAAGUUACGAUUAUGUUGCCCGAGAACGUAUCAAGUGGCAUCACAAGUACUGUAGAUGAUAAAACACCUGAACAUACUGAUGAUGGUUUAGAACCUGUGGAUAUUGUCGGUGAAUUGUUAAAUUUGACACAAAUUUGUGAAGAGCAGUGCACGACAUCGGGUGCACAAGAUAUAAGAAAGAAACUUGAACUUCUACAAAACAGCAUGGAUGCAGGAGAUGUGUCAAAGGAUGUGGUUACAAAGAUGGAAAUGUUAACUAAAGAAUUACUUGGCCAUAAUUACCAACAAGCUUGGAAUAUUCAUGUUGAAUUAAUGUGUAAUCAUGUUUCAGAAGUUCGAAACUGGAUGGUUGGAGUCAAAAGAUUAAUCAGUGAAUUAAGGAAUCUAAAAAACUAAAGUCAUCUAAAACAUUUCACUCUUGAAAUUCACCUUGCAUCAAAGCAGCAACAUAAUUGCCACGAAAACUCAACCUACCCUGGCAAUUUUCCUCAUGCCUGUUUUUGAAGUUGCAAUAUCAUUCUCAAGAAAAUUGAAAAUGCAUUUUAAACAACUCUAAUAUGCAUUAAACAAUUAGUAGUUUAGUAUUUUUUCCUGCAGCAGUAGCGAAUAACACAACAACUGCUGAAUGCUCUGCUGAAUUGAUCGAUUACCUCUGCACUUAAAUAUAUAUAUUUCCUGUCAAUCAAGACUUCAUAUAUUCAAGGUUUUCAAUUAGUAACCAGGAUUUAUUGAUUUCAAAUUGCACUGAAUAAAUCUAAUCGCUUAA